UAGAUUAAAACAGUGUUGUUUUGAGUAGAAGACUAUACAUUUUAGGUAUCUGAUUCGAAAACAUACUUGUCAGAAUUGUCUGGCUGGAUUAAUUUGCUAAUUUGAUCGUCUUCAUCAUUUGAUGUAAUGUCAGAUACUAAUAGCACAAGUAACUCCUCACUAAGUGCUCAUAUUACUUUAGCAUUUUUUAUGUCCUUACUAGCUUUUGCUAUAAUGCUAGGAAAUGCUGUGGUCAUUUUAGCUUUUGUGGUGGACAAAAACCUUAGACAUCGAAGUAGUUACUUUUUUCUUAACUUGGCCAUCUCUGACUUCUUUGUGGGUGUGAUCUCCAUUCCUUUGUACAUCCCUCACACACUGUUUGAAUGGGAUUUUGGAAAGGAAAUCUGUGUAUUCUGGCUCACUACUGACUAUCUUUUAUGUACAGCAUCUGUAUAUAACAUUGUCCUCAUCAGCUAUGAUCGAUACCUGUCAGUCUCAAACGCUGUGUCUUAUAGAACUCAACACACUGGGAUCUUGAAGAUUGUCACUCUGAUGGUGGCCGUUUGGGUGCUGGCCUUCUUAGUGAAUGGGCCAGUGAUUCUAGUUUCAGAGUCUUGGAAGAAAGAAGAUAAUGAAUGUGAACCUGGAUUUUUUUCAGAAUGGUACAUCCCUGCCAUCACAUCAUUCUUGGAAUUCCUGAUCCCAGUCACCUUAGUCGCUUAUUUCAACAUGAAUAUUUAUUGGAGCCUGUGGAAGCGUGAUCAUCUCAGUAGGUGCCAAAGCCAUCCUGGACUGACCACUGUCUCUUCCAACAUCUGUAGACACUCAUUCAGAGGUAGACUAUCUUCAAGGACAUCUCUUCCUGCAGUGACAGAAGUAGCUGCAUCCCUUCAUUCAGAGAGACAGGGGAGAAAGAGCAAUCUUAUGUUUUCCUUAAGAACCAAGAUGAAUAGCAGUAGAAUUGCUUCCAAAAUGAGUUCCUUCUCUCAGUCAGAUUCCGUAGCUCUUCACCAGAGGGAACAUGUUGAACUGCUCAGAGCCAGGAGAUUAGCCAAGUCACUGGCCAUUCUCUUAGGGGCUUUUGCUGUUUGCUGGGCUCCGCACUCUCUGUUCACAAUUGCUCUUUCAUUUUACUCCUCAGCAACAGGUCCUAAAUCAGUUUGGUACAAAAUUGCAUUUUGGCUUCAGUGGUUCAAUUCCUUUGUCAAUCCUCUUUUGUAUCCGUUGUGUCACAAGUGCUUUCAAAAGGCUUUCUUGAAAAUAUUUUGUAUGAAAAAGCAACUUCCACCAUCACCGCACCGGUCAGUAUCUUCUUAAAGACAGUUUUCUCACUUCUGUAAAUUUUAGUCUCAAUCUCACCUAAAGGAAUUGGAUCUGGCCUUUAUCUUACCCUUUCCAUUCUACCAACAAAUCUAUACUUUGAAGUCAAUGGAAAAUUACUCCAGUGAAUAAUAGCAGUAUAAUGAAUUGAUGCUAUUUUUGUAAACUUGUGGCCAUAAUAGUACUAUGUUGUUCUUAGUCAUCACCUCUUCCUUAUCUUUUAGAUGUUAACAUCAUGUUGAUUACAAAAAAAAACCCCAAAAAUCCACUUUUUGUUUUCUAUGUUCCAUGUUUAAUACAGUCUUAAGUGAAUUUCUCUUUAUUAUUUUGUAGUAAUAGAAACUUAUACAGUUUCAAAAUCAUUCCCUAAAGCAUGCUCUAGGAAAAGGAGCUUCCUGGUUGGGACUGCCCGACUCUCUUCUGGUCAGUGGGUGGGCGAGGUGGGGUUUGAGCUGACAAGAGCAGGGAACGGGAAUGUGCUCCUGUGUAUUUCCAGAUUUUUGUAUUCCUAAUUCCAGGAAGGGAGAGAGCAUAGUAUGGGAGAGGAACGAGCUGAAGACUGCUGCUCUCAAGGUCCUCAGUAAAGUUAUUUUGGAGGCGCAGGUGGUCACAGGAUCAGAAAGCAAGGGAUAGACAGUGGUCAUCAAUGCUUGAAAGUAUGGCUUGUCCCUUUUCUUCCUGUUCUCUUCUUUCAGCUUCCACAUCAGUUUCUUUUUGUUAGAAAAUAUGGAAGAGUAAGGCUAAGAGAUGGUGAAGGGACUACAUGAUUAAACUAGGCAGACCUGGUAUACAGUCACUGAACUAGUAGAUGUCAAUAAUAAUUAUUUUUAAAAAUGUUUCUUUAAGAGAUUAUCUUGCUCUGUCUCCCAGGAUGGAGUGUAGUAAUGCAAUCAUAGCUCACUGUGGCCUUGAACUCCUUGGCUCAAGCAAUCCUCCUGACUCAGCCUCCCAAGUAUCUAGGUACUCACCACCACACCUGGAUAUUUAAAAAAUUAUUUUUGUAGUGAUGAAGUCUCACUGUGUUGCCCAGGCUGGAUGUCAAUAAUUAUUUUUUUAAAAAAACAUUACAAAUUUUUUUAACAGAUUCUUACCCUGUUACCCAGGCUGGAGUGCAUUUGCAUGAUCGGGGCUCACCACAACUUCUGCCUCCCAGGUUCAAGUGACUCUUGUGCUUCAGCCACCUGAGUAGCUGAGAUUACAGGUGCAUGCCACCAUGCCUGGCUAAGUUUUAUAUUUUUAGUAGAGAUGGGGCUUUGCCAUGUUGGCCAGCCUGGAAGUUUUUUAUUUUGAUAGGACAGGAUCUUGUCAUGUUGCCCAGGCUGUUCUCAAACUCCUGGGAUGAAACAGUCCUCCCAUCUUGGCCUCCCAAAGUGCUGGGAUUAUAGGCAUGAGCCACCAUAAUAAUUAUUGCCUGGAUGUCAAUUAUUAUUUUAAAAUAUUGUCUUUAAUGCAUUUGCUCAAUAUUUUACAUUGCAUUGGUCAGUGUUAUUCCUUUAUUAUUUGGUAGUAUAGAUUAUAUUUUACUGAUGAAAUCACAUCACAUAGUCUGGUGAUGUUUUGUCCUUUUUAAAAAUUUUCUUUUGAGUUGGGGUCUUGCUCUGUUGCCCAUGCAGGAGUGCAGUGGUAUGCUCUCAGCUCACUGCAGCCUUGACUGCUGGCUCCAGCAAUCCUCCUACUUCAGCCUCCAGAGUAGCUGGGACCACAGGCAUUUGCCUCCAUGCCCCACUAACGUUUUUUAAAUUGUUCUCUUUCUUGAAGUGUUCUCUGUCUUUGUCACAAAAUUUCAUUUUUUUCUCAUAGUUAAUUUCAUCUUUCAUGUAAGAUAUUAUUGGUGUUUCUUUUAUAACUUUGCAGUUCUUACACAAUUUAGUCAUUUUUGUGUUUCUUAGGAACUUUAAGCCAUUGAUUAACUUCAAACACUAAAGUACGAAAGUCUUGUAAGUACACGAGUGCUUAGAAAUGCACAUACUUUUUAUAUACUCUUAUGCCUUACAUCAAAGUUCAAUAUGAGAAAUACGUGUUUAACAUUCAAUAGUAAUUGGAAAAUUUUGGGAAAUAAACUCUCUUAAGUGCA